AUGGCGGCGGUGCGCGACGACAGCAAGGCGAUGGAUCUACGGUCCAACGGCGGCGCGGGGCUGGUCAUGGCGAUGGCCGUCCAGGGCGCUGCUCAGGGAGCGGCGGCGGGCGGCGCCUCGCGGCAGGCGAUCGUCGCCGCGGUUGCUGCCGCGCUGCGCACGGCAUGGGCGCUGCUGGCAGGCGUCGGCUCUGAGGAGGAUGCCGAGCUCGCGAUGCGCGAGCAGGCCAUGGAACUCGCCAUGCGCCAGCAGGUGCGGGGCGCCCAGCCAGGCGGCGCCGCUCGCGCCAGGCGCAUCGUCGGGGCGCACGUCGACUUCGGCAAGGACGUCGAGGCCUUGCGGCAUGCCCUGGCGCAGCCUCAGCGGGCCCAGCGCGGCGGGCGCUGCGGGCCUCGCGUGCCGGCGCCGCCGGGCCCGGAGGAGGCGGACGUCGGCGACGCACUUUCGUCCCCGCCCCCGACGCCCGUGGCGGCGGCCUUGGGCGCGACGGAGGCCCCGAGCUCCUCCGACGGCGCGGCGCUGGGCCACGCCCCGCCCUCCCCGCUCCUGGGGCCGAGCGCGGCGGUGGGCGAGGAGGAAGCGGACGUCGAGAGCCCCUUCGAGGGCCACGCCGACGGCGUCAAGUUGGAGGGCAACACCAGCUUGGACAUCGGCCAGCCAGACGUGGACGAGCGCGAGGGCACCGACGAGGUCAUCGACGCCCCCGAGGACCAGAUGAGCGACGAGGCAGACGAGCGCCCCCUCGAGGGCGGCAGCCUGGGCACCUCGGAGGUGGGUGCGGCCAGGAGCGACGGCUGCCAGGACGUGCGCGGCGCCGAGGUGCAGGCGACCGAGGGCCCCGUCGAGGUCGUGCGCCGCGGAGGUCGACGAGACGCAGGUCUGCGCUGCCAGACCUUUGCCGAGACGGAGGUCGUGCGGGGCCGCCGCCGAGCGCCGCCGAGGGCGGCGAGCGUGUGCGUGGCAGCCCGUGGCAAGGGCGCAGCUGCGCCUCGGACGUGGGCGCGUGCCAGCAGCGCAGACUGGCACCUCGUGCACCUGCGGGGGCGGCCCGCCCGAGGGUGGCGCCUCGACCUCGCGCAGGCGGCGCGGCUCGCCGAGCCCAUGGCGCCGCCGCCCUUCGCCUCGGGUCCUUGUUGGUGGAAGCAGGACGUCGACGAGGUGAUCGCGAAGGUGCACGGGGGCCCCGCGGCGAAGGGCCGCCUCAGGAGCGCGGGCGUGGACGAGAAGAAGGUCGAGGGCCUCUUCUACGAGCGUUCCGACGACUGCGGCGCGCUGGGCAUUGAGGGCCAGGCGGGGAACGGGGGCCCCGAGGCUCGCGUUUCUUUGGGGCGCGACGGCGGCGGCGGCGGCUCCCAGGGGCACGACGGCGGCGACGUGGAGUCCGCCGCCCAGCCCCUCGCGCCCUCCACCCGGCGGCAGAGGCGGCACCGGCAGAGGCAGGAGGACGAGCAGGCGGCGAACGACGACGACUUCGUUCUCCCCUCGAUCUUCGCCAGGAUGGAGCUAUCCAUGGCUCUGCGCAGCGGGGCGGCGGGCGCCAUCGACGAGGCCGAGGCGCGCCUUCGGGCAGCUGUGGAUCGGCUUCGUCAGGCCGAAGCCGAGUUCGACAGCAAGACGGCCCUCUUCGAGCAGCGGCGCGAGACCUUGCAGCGAGCCUUGGAGUGUCAGCAGCAAGAGUGUCAGCUGCGCGGGGCAGCGGGAGUGCCAGCUGCAUGGAUGGCCUCGCGAAUGAUGGGAUGGCCGCUGCGCCUGCGCCUCUUCGCGGGAGCGG